AUGUUUACUAAGAAAAAGGUCUCUGGGAACGGAAAAGACGAAAACCCAAAAACUUAUCGCGCAAAAAAGCCUAUACUUGCGCGAUCUGGCGAUCUAUCUAAAUUCGGAUCCAAAAUAAUUAUCUGCAUUUACAAUAUAAAAUACAAAAACCUUGUUUGUUUUACUAACUGUCAACAGAAAAUUCCAUUAUUCAGCAAACUGACGACACAGCUGAAUCUUACGAACGGAAUCAUAAAUGGUGCUUCAAAUUUUAAGAGAGCAGAAAACUUUUGUCUUUACUUCCUGCCGUCCACAGUACGUUUAUACGGAAAAAUUAAUAUCGAUAAAUUGUAUGGAACAUUCAAUUACUCCUAUACAACACGAGUUUAUAAAGACAGUGGAAUUUUAAAUGCCAAUAUAAAAAACGUCACUGUUAUUCUGCAGGCUGAAUACCGAUUGGAUCAAUUUUUAAUCAGUAAUUCGAACUUGAAGAUCGAAAACAUUGGCCAGACGAAGGUUGACAUGAAAAGUGAAGCAAGACUUAGAUUGAUUGCCAAUACAGUGAUAAAUGUUGCGCUUCCCUUUUUCAAAAAUAAAAUUGCCAAUAUUGCUGACAAAAUACUUCUGCAAAUAAUGCAAGAAUCCAUCGAUUAUGCUAAUAAAAAUAUGAACAGCAUCAUAACCCAAGCCAUCUUGGGAACUAUAAAGUCGCUGCAAGGCGGAUACGAAAAAUGAUAAAAUUUCA